UGCUCCCAACGUCAAUUCCAGCUGCCUGAUCAUCUAUUGAUCUUCAGGUCCCUUCGCUGGCGUCGCCUGUCCUUACCUUCCUCAUCUUCUAUUCAUUUCCCCAUCUCCCAACCCCAAUUCCUUCAAUUCGAUGGCGUUCGCACGUCUCGCCGCCCGGCGGUUGCCCGUCGCCCGUGGGCUCGUCCCCAGCAUUGACUCACUGCCCCAGCAGCGAUUCUUCUCCAUCUCGCAACAUGUGAAGUCUCAGAAUAAAGCUGCCGUGCCUAACCCCGAUCCUGCUGCUGAAUCCGUAUCCGUGGCUUUCGUCAAUGAUCAAUCGCCCUACAUGUUGCCGACCUACGUGCGGCCGGCGCCGGUCAUGGUCAAGGGCCAGGGAUGUUACUUGUGGGAUAUGGAGAACCGGAAAUACCUGGACUUGACGGCUGGUAUUGCGGUCAACUCUCUGGGACACUGUGACCCCGAGGUGGCCAAGAUUAUCGCUGAGCAAGCCGAGGUGCUUGUCCACGCCUCGAACCUCUACUACAAUGCGUGGACCGGAGCUCUCAGCAAGCUCUUGAUCGACGUUACUAAGGAGUCCGGUGCCAUGCGCGAUGCUUCCCAGGUCUUCAUUUGCAACUCCGGAACCGAGGCCAACGAGGCCGCCAUCAAGUUUGCUCGCAAGGUCGGUCGUUCGCUCGACCCCUCCGGCGCGAAGCACGAAGUCGUCUCCUUCCACAACUCCUUCCAUGGCCGCACCAUGGGCGCUCUGUCUGCAACCCCGAACCCCAAGUACCAGACUCCCUUCUCUCCCAUGCUGCCUGGCUUCAAGUACGGCAACUACAACGAUGUGGCUCAGCUCGAGACUCUCGUCACCGAGAAGACUUGUGGUGUGAUCGUCGAGCCCAUCCAGGGUGAGGGAGGUAUCAAUGUGGCUACUCCGGAGUUCCUCGUCGCUCUGCGCAAGCGCUGUGACGAGGUUGGUGCCGUUUUGAUUUUCGACGAGAUCCAGUGCGGUCUCUCCCGGACCGGCUCCUUCUGGGCUCACGCCCACCCAUCUCUCGCACCUGCUUCUGGCGAGGCAGCUCACCCCGACAUCCUGACUUCUGCCAAGGCCCUGGGUAACGGUAUCCCUAUUGGUGCCACUAUUGUCUCCGAGAAGACCGUGGCCAAACACAUCAAGCCCGGUGACCACGGUACCACCUAUGGUGGUAACCCCCUGGUGUGCCGUGUCGCCCACCACAUUGUCAACCGUCUGGCGGACCCCGAGCUGCAGAAGUCUGUUGAGACCAAGGGAGACCUGCUUGUGUCUGGAUUCAAGGAUCUCCAGAAGAAGUACCCCAACGUCAUCUCGGAGAUCCGCGGACGCGGACUGAUCCGUGGUGUCCAGCUCUCCCCGGAGUUUGUCUCCAAGGCCGGCGAUUUGGUUGGUGCUGCCCGGGAGCGCGGCAUGCUGAUCAUCACGGCAGGCGAGGGCUGCAUCCGCUUCGUUCCUCCUUUGACCAUUACCGAGGAGCAGAUCAAGUCCGGCCUCAAGAUUCUGGAGCAGGCUCUGGAAGCCGUGGUUGCUCAGGCUUAGGAGUGAUGCGCGAGUGUCCCUAAAACGAUCUACACUAAAAGUUAAUUACCGUUUCUCGGUCUGUGCAUAUAUAUUCUACUUGUGAUGUGACAUGCUUUAUGCUAUUGGAUUCCGGGACAUUUAUAUCUGUGUUGUUUCUUUAUCUUGAUACCUGCUACAUUGGUAUAUAGACGGCGGGAUAGAAUUUAGAAUUGACGAUGAAUUACUGAC